CGGAAGUACCUCCCUUCUGCAUCCGGCUUCAUUCACAACAUCCAAGAUGUCUGCCGCCAUCGGUUCCCUCGUUUCGUACGGUAGCGACUCUGAUUCGGAAAACGAGCCGGAAUCCAACACCGGUGCCGAGAAAGUGGAGCUAGUGACCCCGGACGCGACAGCUCACCUGAAGCCGCUGCAGUCCGGGAAGACGAUGACUCUGGCUGUCCUCAACUCAGCGCCCGAAGUCGCCGUUAAGGAGGCUGUGUUGACCGGCACACACCUGGACCCUUCACUGAAAGAAGUCACCUACAAUCCCACGUUUGAAACUAUGUUUGCACCAGAGUUUGGGCCAAUGAACCCAUUUAAAAGCCAGCAGAUGGCCGCCCCCAGGAACAUGUUAUCUGGCUACGCAGAGCCUGCUCACCUCAAUGACUUCAUGUUUGAACAGCAAAGGAGGACCUUCUCCACCUACGGUUAUGCUCUAGAUCCAUCUGUCGACACACACCAUUCAUCCUCUAACACCUACAUCGGUGCAGUUGAAGAGGCUGAGAAAAAUAAAGGGCUAACUGUGUUCGAGAGUGGACCUAAGAAGACAGAGAAAAGGAAAAAGGUGAAGGGUGGAGAUGCAGAAGAAAUCGAUAACUUCCUUGGACCUUGGGCGAAAUAUGCAGAUGAGAAAGAUGGGGCCAAACCAUCAGAGGACGAGCAGAAAGAGCUGGAUGAGAUCACAGCCAAGAGGCAGAAGAAGGGAAGGAAUGAGGAAGAGGCUCCUGCAGAAGAGAAGACCAUUCUCCAUGUUAAAGACAUGUAUGAUUACCAGGGCAGGUCAUACCUCCACGUCCCACAGGAUGUGGGCAUCAACCUGCGUUCUGCAGAGGCUCCAGACAAGUGUUACCUGCCUAAGAAGCAGAUUCAUGUCUGGUCUGGACACACCAAGGGUGUCAGCGGCAUCCGACUGUUUCCGAACUCUGGUCAUCUGCUGCUGUCUUGCUCCAUGGACUGUAAGAUCAAGCUAUGGGAAGUGUACAGCGAGAGGAGAUGUAUAAGGACAUUUAUUGGCCACAGCAAAGCAGUGCGAGACAUUUGCUUUAACAACACCGGGACCCAGUUCCUCAGCGCCGGCUAUGACCGCUACCUUAAACUCUGGGACUCUGAAACAGGGCAAUGUAUCUCCCGCUUCACCAACAGGAAGGUACCGUACUGCGUCAAGUUCAACCCAGACGAAGACAAACAGAACCUUUUUGUGGCCGGGAUGUCGGAUAAGAAGAUUGUUCAGUGGGACAUCAGGACAGGGGAGGUGGUUCAGGAGUACGACCGUCACCUGGGAGCCGUCAACACCAUCACCUUCGUCGACGAGAACCGUCGGUUUGUCAGCACAUCAGACGACAAGAGCCUUCGAGUGUGGGAGUGGGAUAUCCCCGUGGACUUCAAGUACAUCGCUGAACCCAGUAUGCACUCCAUGCCAGCUGUUACACUCUCUCCCAACGGUAAAUGGCUAGCGUGCCAGUCUAUGGACAACCAGAUUUUGAUCUUCGGAGCCCAAAACCGUUUCAGACUGAACAAGAAGAAAGUCUUCAAAGGCCACAUGGUGGCCGGUUAUGCCUGCCAAGUGGACUUCUCCCCCGACAUGAGUUAUGUGGUGUCAGGAGAUGCGGACGGAAAGCUGAACAUUUGGGAUUGGAAGACUACCAAACUUUACCACAGGAUCAAGGCUCACGACAAGGUGUGCAUAAGCGCCCUGUGGCACCCACAUGAAACCUCCAAGGUCAUCACAUGCGGUUGGGACGGACAAAUCAAACUCUGGGACUAAAUCUGUCCUGGUGGGCGUUUGCGUGUUUGUUUGGGAAGGGAGGGCGGGGUUCUAGGAAAUAAUGGACAGAACUGAACUGGUUCACUAAAGAGAGACGGAAAGGGGACUGGUUGUCCCAUGGAUUUUGUAAAAAGCCACAGGACUGGUAUCCAGUCUUAUUGUAGCAGUGUAUUUUUGUAUCCUGUCGCGAGAGCUCAAAUAUGUACUCAUGUAAUAUCUGUACAAAGAUGAACACAAGAACGCAUUCUUUUAAAAAUUUCUACUGCAGAAAUCAUAUUGGAGGGAGUACCAUGGCUUUUUCUUUUAAUAAGUGUUUUGUUAUUUUAAUUUGCAAUGUCCUGUGUAGAGACCUCUGUAAUCUUUAAAAAUUCUUAAUUUUUCAAUCGUCUCUUUGUGGAAAUAAACAUUCUUUAAAUUUUGUCUCCUUCAGAAAACUAA